AUGGCCGCCUCCUGCCGCCUGGCGCGGCGCGCGGGAGUGACACGAGGGAAGAGCCGCCCUAUGGCGGAGCGCCACGUCAUCACCGAGGCUGGUCCCACCAUCGUGGGAGACGAGCAUUCGGACCCCAACCUGAUGAGCUUCCUGGGGGCCACCAAGAGGAACGUGCUGGGCAACCACUUCUGGGAGUACUAUGUCAACGACGUGCCGCGGGUGGUGCUGGACAAGCUGGAGACCUGCGGGUACCGGGUGGUGAGCAUGACCGGCGUGGGCCAGACGCUGGUCUGGUGCCUCCACAAGGAGUAGCGAGGAAGACUUCGGCGUCCCUCCUGGCCCAGAUCCUGCCGGGGACCAUCAGCAAACUUUUCCCCCUUCAUCCCUUUCCCCCCCCGACUCCGGGCACGGGGGGGAGGAGCGGGGCAGGGGCAAAACCUGACCCGCUGUAAAGUGGCCACCCUGCCAUUUCACAAGCCCGGGGGGAGGAAGGUCUGCCCAGCCCAGAGGAAAUCAGGCAGAGGGAACAGAUGGCUCCAUCCCCGCGUUCAUCCGAAUGGCAGCCUGGCAAAUACCAUGCUUUUACAUUUUAAUCAUCUCCUCUUUAGCACGCACUGGAGGGAGCUCAAAGAACAGACCCGUCCGCCCGGUGCCCCGGGGAGGUCCCUGCUGGGCUGGGAGCUCAGGGCACGUUCCCCCAGCCCCGGGGGGCAGGGAGGGCAGGCCCAGCACCCAUGGAUGCCACACACUCUGCUCUCUCCUCCCUCCAACGCCAGCACCGUGCUCCUCGAGAACCCCCUCUCUGGGCAGCAGGGCCCCUCUCUCUCCCCACUGGGACUGGGAUUGGCAGCAGCAGCAGCCUCUCAGCCCCAGGAGUGCCCUUUGAGCAUCACACACCGCUCCCAAAACAGCCUGAGAGCAGCAGGGAAAGGUCCUGGGAACAUCUCAGGUACGGGCCCUGUGAUCUGCAGUUGCCGUGCUGGCUGGGUUGGGACUGGGUAUGAAUCCUGCUGUGGGGUAACACCAAUAAAACAUUUCUCUGAACAGA